AUGGAUCAUUUGAGACACCGAGAUUUCCAGGGCAGGUUUCAGUUUGAACAAUAUACUGCUCUACAAGCCUUCAAGUUCAGGAGAGUUCAGAGCCUUAUUUUAGAUCUCAAGUAUGUGUUAAUUAGCAAACCAACAGAAUGGUCAGAUGAGCUGAGGCAGAAGUUCCUGGAAGGGUUUGAUGCGUUUUUGGAAUUAUUAAAAUGUAUGCAGGGAAUGGACCCAAUUACACGGCAAGUAGGACAACAUAUUGAAAUGGAGCCGGAGUGGGAAGCAGCCUUCACACUACAAAUGAAAUUAACACACGUCAUCUCAAUGAUGCAGGACUGGUGCGCUUUAGAUGUGAGUUUCUUCUGGGCAUUUGUGGACAUUCAGUGGAAACUAUCAGAUACUGUGUUUCGCAAGAAAAAGUUAGCAUUCACCUGCCGGUUUCUCGAUUACUUGCAGAAGCCCUCACCCGGUCGCUGUCCCAGCUUUAAUACUGAAGGAUCCAGGAUUAGUUUCCUGCUCCGAAAUGUGCCUGAGACUAGAAGCCAAGCAUUCGGCUGUACUCCUACUGGCACUGUGGCCCACGAAGAGUGUUCACUGGUUGCUUCCUGGGCCACCACCAUGGCAGCACACCUUUCCGUCACAUGUUGUGUCCAGACCUCUCCUGUGAGGUGUGUAACAGAACAACAGCCGAGAUCCAGCAGCUGCUGCUCCAGGGGUCCCUGCAAGAUGCUGCUUCCUCUGAGUGUUUUUCACCAUCCUCUGAUUCUAUGAUCGAGUCCUCAGUGAGUCUCUCCUCUAACCUCUCUGCAAUUGCUCUGGGAGACCCAGUACCAUCACCUGUGCCUGAGUCCUCGCCACCUCCGUGUUCAGCUGUCUCAUCUAAUGAGGCCACCUUCUUUGAAGACUUAAUUUCCCCCUCAAAGCUGGGUGAAUUCCUGCCCCCAGAGCCUACUCUACACCCAGAUUUCUCAUUCCCAGAGGGGUAUUUCCCUUUGCAACCACUUGGCAUUCCCUCUUCUCCACCACCUCAUAGCUUGGGAACAGUGACUCAGGGGGAUAGCCUUAGUGGACCGUCCACUCAUGGGCCAAAAAACAAAGACACUCACUCUCCUAACCUGGCAGCAUUGGAAAUCUGGCAUCAGGCUCAUACCAAGGACUUGUCCACCCCAAACUUGGCACAAGGGGAUGCCAAGCAAAGUAUUCUUGCCCUCCAUUCAUCCAAGGAAUCCACUGGGGUUGACUCUGCAGCCAACAUUUUAGGUACUGGUAAUUUAUUAUUUAUCAGCCCAGAUGCCCUGGCGCUCCUAGAGAGACAAGUCAAAAAGAGGGGUGAUUCCCUGAUACACAGCAACCAGGAAAACAAAACAGGAUCUUUUCCAGAACAAGCAAGGCCAGACUUCCUACUUCAUUCCUCAGCGAAAAUGUUACAGUCUAUUCCUGAUACAAAUGACUCAGCAAUCCCUCUUCCUUUUGGGGGCAGAAAAGAUAAACCACGGGAGCUGCACAUGCACCGGCAGCCUCCAUAUCCUAAGACUUUUGAGGACCAUCUACAGGAAAAACGUAUCCAGCUCUCCUGGGAUCACCCAGCCUUGCAACGUAACUUCCUGUUCCCUGCUGGCCUUAUCUCAGAUGGUUGUUCAUCAACCUUCAUCAUCUUCAGUAGUGUGUAUGAUACCACCACAGCCCAGGGAACCUCAGCAAUUCCAGAUCCCCAGGCCCAGGAAUCCCCAGCACUUCCUACUCCUCAAGCUCAGGAGUCCACAGCUCUUCCUGUGCCCCAAGCUCAGGAGUCCACAGCACUUCCUGUGCCCCAAGCUCAGGAGUCCACAGCACUUCCUGUGCCCCAAGCUCAGGAGUCCACAGCACUUCCUGUUCCUCAAGCUCAAGA